AAUUGUCAAAUCAACGCAGAGACGUCAAUUUGUAGCAGACAUUAUCCACAUCGUUAAUUGAUCACAUUAUAGCAAAUUCAGCACGAGGAGCUUGUAUAUUUGUUCAUUUUACACUUUUCGUUAAUUUAAUCAGUAAACAAGAUGUACCCCGUUGGUCAACCUCCAGCGGGGGAAACGAGUGGUGGUGCAGUGGGUGUGUCGGGAGGGGUGAGCACGGCGGCGGGGACGACGGGCACGGCGCCCGGGGCCGCCAGCACGGCGGCCACCACGGGCACGCCGGGCGCCGCCGUGGCGCCGGGCGCGGGCACCAUGGCGCUCGUGUCGCCCGUGGCCGCGCCGCCGCCCGACCUGCCCGUGCUCACAUGCCCGCGGCGUCCCAAUCUCGGCCACGAGGGGAGGCCCAUCAUGCUUAGAGCAAAUCACUUUCAAAUAUCCAUGCCGAGAGGAUAUGUGCAUCACUAUGAUGUUAAUAUACAACCAGAUAAGUGUCCACGAAAGGUGAAUAGAGAAAUUGUAGAGACUAUGGUUCAUUGUUAUAAUAAGAUAUUUGGUGCCCUCAAACCAGUGUUCGAUGGCAGGAAUAACCUGUACACAAGAGAUCCUCUGCCGAUUGGCAAUGACAGAGUAGAACUGGAAGUCAUCUUGCCUGGAGAAGGCAAGGACAGAGUUUUUCGUGUGACAAUCAAAUGGGUAGCUCAGGUUUCAUUGUUUGCAUUAGAAGAGGCUUUAGAAGGUCGAACAAGACAGAUACCAUAUGAUGCCAUUUUAGCAUUGGAUGUAGUAAUGAGGCACCUGCCGUCAAUGAUGUACACCCCAGUCGGGCGCUCAUUCUUUUCAUCUCCAGAAGGCUAUUAUCAUCCUCUGGGUGGUGGCCGAGAAGUCUGGUUUGGUUUCCAUCAGUCAGUGAGACCAAGCCAAUGGAAAAUGAUGCUUAAUAUUGAUGUAUCUGCCACUGCAUUUUACAAGGCCCAGCCUGUCAUAGAGUUUAUGUGUGAAGUAUUAGACAUUCGAGAUAUUAAUGACCAAAGAAAACCAUUGACUGAUUCACAAAGAGUGAAAUUCACAAAAGAAAUAAAGGGUUUGAAAAUCGAGAUCACUCACUGUGGCACCAUGAAGAGGAAAUACCGCGUAUGCAAUGUAACGCGGCGGCCCGCACAAAUGCAAUCAUUCCCAUUGCAACUAGAGAAUGGACAAACAGUUGAAUGUACAGUCGCGAAAUAUUUCCUAGACAAAUACAAAAUGAAGUUAAGAUAUCCACAUUUACCCUGCCUGCAAGUCGGACAGGAGCACAAACACACAUACUUGCCCCUGGAGGUGUGCAACAUUGUCCCCGGACAGAGAUGUAUCAAGAAACUGACGGACAUGCAGACAUCUACCAUGAUCAAAGCCACGGCCCGCUCGGCACCCGAUAGGGAGCGUGAAAUCAACAACUUAGUGCGGCGCGCGAACUUCAACACGGACCUGUACGUGAAGGAGUUCGGGCUGACCAUCUCCAACAACAUGAUGGAGGUGCGCGGGCGCGUGCUGCCGCCGCCCAAGCUGCAGUACGGCGGCCGCGUCUCGUCGCUCGGCGGACAGGCGCUGCCCAACCAGGGCGUGUGGGACAUGCGCGGCAAGCAGUUCUUCAUGGGCGUGGAGAUCCGCGUGUGGGCUAUCGCCUGCUUCGCGCCGCAGCGGACCGUGCGCGAGGACGCGCUCAAAAACUUCACCCAGCAACUGCAAAAGAUCUCAAACGACGCGGGCAUGCCGAUCAUCGGGCAGCCGUGCUUCUGCAAGUACGCGACGGGGCCCGACCAGGUGGAGCCCAUGUUCAAAUACCUCAAGUCCACGUUCGUGCAGCUGCAGCUUGUGGUCGUCGUGCUGCCCGGGAAGACGCCCGUUUACGCGGAAGUAAAGCGUGUCGGCGACACAGUGCUCGGCAUGGCGACUCAGUGCGUGCAGGCCAAGAACGUGAACAAGACGUCGCCGCAGACCCUCAGCAACCUCUGCCUCAAGAUCAACGUCAAGCUGGGCGGCAUCAACUCCAUCCUAGUGCCGUCGCUGCGCCCUAAGGUAUUCAACGAGCCGGUGAUCUUCCUGGGCGUGGACGUGACGCACCCGCCGGCGGGCGACAACAAGAAGCCCUCGAUCGCGGCGGUGGUCGGCAGCAUGGACGCGCACCCCUCGCGGUACGCCGCCACGGUGCGCGUGCAGCAACACAGGUCAUUCAAUUACGAAGAUCGGGAAUCACAAGAGAUAGUUCACGAGAUGAGCAGCAUGGUGCAGGAGCUGUUGAUCAUGUUCUACAAAAGCACGGGCGGUUUCAAGCCGCACCGCAUCAUCAUGUACCGCGACGGCAUCUCCGAGGGGCAGUUCAUACACGUGCUGCAGCACGAGCUGACCGCAGUGCGCGAGGCGUGCAUUAAGCUGGAGGCGGAAUACAAGCCGGGCAUCACAUUCAUCGUGGUCCAGAAGCGGCAUCACACGCGGCUGUUCUGCGCCGACAAGAAGGAGCAGUCCGGCAAGUCGGGCAACAUCCCCGCAGGCACCACCGUCGACCUCGGCAUCACGCACCCCACCGAGUUCGACUUCUAUCUCUGCUCGCACCAGGGCAUUCAGGGCACGUCGCGGCCGUCCCACUACCACGUGCUGUGGGACGACAACCACUUCGGGUCGGACGAGCUGCAGUGCCUGACGUACCAGCUGUGCCACACGUACGUGCGCUGCACGCGCUCCGUGUCCAUCCCCGCGCCCGCCUACUACGCGCACCUCGUCGCCUUCCGCGCCCGCUACCAUCUCGUCGAGAAGGAGCACGACUCGGGAGAAGGGUCGCACCAGUCCGCCUGCAGCGAGGACCGCACGCCCGGCGCCAUGGCGCGCGCCAUCACCGUGCACGCCGUCACCAAGAAGGUCAUGUACUUCGCCUAGGCACGCCCCGCACCCCGCCACGGCCUGCAUACUAGGGUUAAGGUGAGGUGGGCCCAGGCCUAUAGCGACACUUACACUGAUGACAUUCAUUUAAAGUCAAAUGGAAAAAUGUAUAGGCUCACCUCGCAUUAAGGCGGAAACCCGCUGCGGCGUACGCUAUGCACAGUAGAUGAAGUACGGGUCGGACCCGCGAUGUUCCGAACGCGCGUAUGACAGUGCGCCGCUGUGGGCUCGAGUGCCAGUCGAGCUCCUCGAUUAAGUUGCUUUAAUAUGACCAAUCAGCGAAUCGAAAAGUGACAAAAAUAUAAUAUAUCGACCCGUAAUAUUUUUCGGCAGAUUUGGACGCGAUUUAUUUAUAAUUAGAUUACGUGAAAUGUCGAAAGAAAUAUUAUGUACUUUAUGGGAGUUAUAAGGCAUACAUAAGGGUCACGUGACGUGAGGCUACACUCAAGAGCAAUGAAAACGGGGCACAUUGUAGAGAAUUUCCAUAGAGAAUGUUCCCUUUUCAUUGUUCUUCAUUAUAUUAGUGUGCCCUUCUCAACGUAAAGCCAACUAUGAUGUUGCUAAACAUAAAUAAGGUCUUAAUGUAAAUGCUGAAGUAGACACCCUAGGUUAUAUUAAAUAGAUUAUAUAAUGGUGAGCUGGAUGUGGUCGUACAAUCGACGUCAAACAUGUUUACUCUUUUGCAUCUUUUUUUUUUCAGAUCAAGUGACAAGCAUAAAUCACUUAUUACUAAAAAAAUAUUAAACAAAAAUCAAUCUUAUUUCAGUUCUAAUGUGGUUCACUAUAGCUAUGACCUUGUGAUGGUAAUUAAUGUAAUUAUAGACCGACCGCUUAACUGAGUCCUCGCCUGCGCGGUACGGGGGCGACGAGGAGGGACAUAUUUUGGCAUAAAUGUUUGGCGUCGACCGUACAGUAGCCAUCAGAUAUAUCGGAGCGCCCAAGGCGCUCACAAAUAUCUGAACACGCCUCUAUUGUCAGGGCGUUAGAGUGCUUGUUCAGAUAUUGUGAACACCUUGGCCGCUCCGAUAUAUCUGAUGGCGACUGUACACGUGCAGUGGCUAGCAGUGCAAUGUUAACUGGUCGAGGUGUGAUCCAGGAUCCAGGCAGCCGGUGCCCAUAUCAGCUAUUUUUGUACAUUUAUUGGUUUAUCCACAAAUCGUUUCUCUUUGCAGUUAUUGUGUGCCUUUAAGAACGGUGUAACUAGAUAAUUUUAAUCAGCCUUAAUGUAACCAAACAACUAUAUGUGUCGUAUCACUUUCAAUGGAAUCAGUACUCUAAGUAAUAAUAAUAUAAGUAAUGUGUUAUGUUUCAAUAUUAGAAAUUUCACUGUGAAUUUGGGUGACGUGGUUUAAUACUAAGCACCCAGAAUUAAUGGCCAUUUGAAGGUCAUUUUGACCUUAGAUGCUCAAUAGUGAAAUCCUUAACAAGGCAAUUCUCGAGUUCAGUGUGAACUGUUUUCAGUCAAUAAGUAUUAGUAUUAUUGUCGGGUAUAGAGGCAGGCGUGUAAGUUUACGCGCGCUACUUGCGUUUCAUAUGUAUCUGCUGUAUACAAAGUAAUAAGCCUUAUUUAGAUAUUGAUCACCCCUUUUAAUUGGUCACAAAUUCAUUUUAUCUGAAUCUCGGUUCAUUCUUAAAGCAAUUCUCCCUUCUCCCCUCCGAAUCUGCCUCUUUUUUGUAAGAUCGAAUGGGAAAGAGACCCAUUCCUUUUAUUUUUGGUCAAAAUAAUAUCUAUGUUACCAUGAUAUCUUACUACACUUGUAGUAAAAUACAAUUGUUGCUGAAAAUAUGGCAGUUAACAUAUAUACAUGUCAUCAUGUUUUUAAGUUUUUUGCAUAUUAUUGCAGCUGUUAUCAAUAGUAUGCUCUGGCUUACGUUUAUUCGAUCUCAAUCUCCCACGCAAUAGUGUCGCGCUGUCCAAAUAAAGUAAGUUAAAUCGUAUCCAAGUAUACACGGUGUAACAUGAGGAAACCGAAUAAUUUUAACAGCGUAUUCCUGAUCAUAUUUAGAGACAAAAAUGUCCUGUAAACUUUUUUGAAAUUCGCCUAGUUUCUGAGAUAUUAUUAAUUUAAAAAAAAACAAGUUUUUUUGUUACAUAGUGUAAAAGGCCUUUUUGAUGGUGAUGUUGCUACUAUGGGAUGUAGUCUAAAUAUCCUUAUUGAUAGAUGUCAAAAAGUGACAAGUAACACUUUGCAAAAAAUAGGUUUUACGAAAAAAAAAUGUAAAAUUCAAUUUUAAGAGACAAGUUUACCAAUAACAUUUAUUUUUUAUGUACAAAUACAUUCAAAAAAUUAAAAAAAAAAAAAAACAAUAAAAAAUUUUUUUUGGCGAAAUUGACCUAAACUCAUAUAACUCAUAUUACAUUUUUUACUUCUUUUGACCUCAGAAAUGCGUGGUUAAAAUUAUUCGGUUUCCUCAUGUUACACCGUGUAUUUCCAAAAAAGUUAUAUCGAAUCAUAAGUUCUACUCAUUGCGAGCCUCUUUCUAUUUUAUUUAGUCUUAAGUAGCAAACUAUGUUGUGGAAAUGGCAUCUCGCGUUAUUUUUAUAUGACGUUUAAACAAGUUCUUCGCUUGUUUUGUGACUGCAGCAAUAUCGGUGACGAUACGCGAACGUGUCAGGGCUGUUUCACAUAUAUUGCCCUGCAAUAAUCGUAUCGAAGGCCUAUAUAAUAUGUCGUGACUACUUUGAAAAAACCUCGUAUCUUGUUCUGCCAAUCAAAAGAAAAAUGUAGUAACUAUGUAUGGGAUGCAUACAGAAUUACUGCGUUUUAACUUCGAGUAGCAGUGCGAGAUACGAGGUUUUUUUUAAGUAGUUUCGAUCUAUGGAAUAUUAUGUGGGUUCAGUUCAGACAUCCUAUCGGCUAUUGUGGAACCGCGCCUACAUUAUCGUCGCUGGAUGUUAUAAUUGCUAGCAUUUUACGAUUGUUUUUCAUGGGAAAGCUGCUGUGCUAUUCUUGUUACUUAAAUGCCUGCCAAAUGUCUAGUGUAGGGGUAUUUGCACUCUCGAUUCAAUAUUCAUCAAUUAGAAAUAUUAUAAUAAGUUAUUAUAAAUUUAAUUAUGAAUCUAAACAAGGGAAAUAAUCAUUAUUAGACGUAAGUGCACUUCAAACUGCGUUAAAAGACCUUUACUUGUAUCGUGCCGCAAUCGCUGUCAAAUAUUAUUCUUAAUAGAUAAUGAACUAUUUUCGAAAGUUGUAAUAAGAAUCAUAUAAUAACGCUAAUAAAAAAUGGGGUCUCUUUGUUUGACAUGAAGUUUGAAGUCAUGACUAAUGUAUUGUUUGUCAUAUUAUUAUUAGUCCUAAAACUGAAACCGUGAACGUUUCAGGAUUUUCGUAAGGUGAUCCUAUAGAUGGGUUGGGGUAGGUUUGUUUUAUGGCCAUCCUGAAAAGUUACGCGUUUCUGAACCAAACAAAUUAUGACUAACGAAAAUGCGGACAAACAGUACAUUAUGACUUAUAACUUUUUGGGAAACAAUAGAGACCCUAAUAAACCAUCUGAGGGUAACUCGUUUAAGGUAUAGUGUAAGAAUGUUUUAACUUAUCAGAUCAUUGUACCCGUCGUUUUGAGCUUCGAGUUAAUAUAAACAUUAGAUUAAGAUUAUUAAUUUUAAAAUGUCGGCCGAACUAAUUUUAAUUAUGACAAUGAUUGAAAUAUUAUUGCUUUAAGUUAACAUAUCCAGUUUUAUCAAACGAGCAUUGAUAGAAUCACUACUUAAAUCUGGCUCAAGAUGCCCUCUUUUUAUUUUACUAUUAGGAUUUAGCAAUAUUGUUAAUUAUUCUACGAAGUGUAGUUUAUAUACGCGAUGAAAGUUCUUUAACCAAAAACUUGAUGUUGAAUUAGGUACUUACCUAAAUAUUUAAAAGCAGACCGCGAGGAGCUGAGUUUUAUUAUUUAAGUAUGUUAGCAGUAGGCGCUCGAACAUCUAUAUUAUACACGUAAAUGUUAAGAUAUAGCUCCCAACAAAACCGCAAUCCCCCUCGAGGCCAAAAAAUAAGGUUGUUAUACCGCCUUUUUAGUUAUAAGCUUUUUUCUAUCUUAUUUUUAUUUUGCGGAUAUCUAAUAUCGAUCAUAGUAACUUAUGGCUCUUAAAUGUAUUUGAACUCUUAAAAGGAUUUUAGGAAUCAGGUUAUCUUAUAGAUACCGAUUUUUUUUGCAUAUAUUCUGUCGAGAUCCUUUAGAAAAUUUCUUGCAAUUGUGUAAUUUAUACUCAAUCAAUAUCCAUUGCUAAUAUCGCAGAAUAACUAAUAGUACUACCGUACUAAUAUAACAGUUUAAUUUCAUGAUUUUUUUUUCCAUUUCGUUUAAAUAAAUUGAUUUAAGGUAUUCCGAUAGGAAUCCUGUAGACUUUUUAAGAGGCACGCGAGUAAGUUGCGGGCCUUCACACGUUUAGGAUGUAUACUUUAAAUUUCUGGUUUAAAAGUCUCCGAUAAAUUAUGACUUAGUAAUUACAGUUACACUGAAGAGUAGGAGAGAUAACAUGGGAUGUAUCUUAUCUCUCUCACUCUUCCUGUAAAUAUCUUCCUAAAAGAAAAUUAGUAACCUUCCUAGUACUUACACAAAUGUUUUAUAUACCUAUCGCGUCGAAUGAUGGUCCAUAUGACAGUUCCUUCGAGUCUCUUUUGGGUGAACUAAAUUAAUAAAAUAAUAGAAGAUAUAUAUCUUACCGUAUUUUUAUUAUUUAAAUGUUAACAUAUCUAAAUAAUUUAAUGUGCUAAACUAAACUUUAAAAAACCGGGCAAGUGCGAGUCGGACUCGCGCACGAAGGGUUCCGUACCACAAUGCAAAAAAAAAAAAAAAGCAAAAAAAAACGGUCAUCCAUCCAAGUACUGACCACUCCCGACGUUGCUAACUUUGGUCAAAAAUCACGUUUGUUGUAUGGGAGCCCCAUUUAAAUCUUUAUUUAUUUAUUUUAUUCUGUUUUUAGUAUUUGUUGUUAUAGCGGCAACAGAAAUACAUCAUCUGUGAAAAUUUCAACUGUCUAGCUAUCACGGUUCGUGAGAUACAGCCUGGUGACAGACGGACGGACGGACGGACGGACAGCGAAGUCUUAGUAAUAGGGUCCCGUUUUACCCUUUGGGUACGGAACCCUAAAAAAUGACUACAAAUAUAUUACGCGACAUUCGACGCGAGCGGUACAUAGAAUUUUUUUAUAAAAUUCUCGCAUUAAAUUUAGUUCUAUUAUCGCCAAAAGUAACAAAAAUUAAAUUUACCACCUAUUUACUUGUGCUUGAAGCAUAAGGACCCUUCUGGAAUGGAAAACAAUUAAUACUUUUCCCGACCACUAGCAAAUAAAACGAAAUUUGUUUCUACCUAUAAAAGAAACCUAGUAUUUUUGAGUAAGUACUUGGUAUUUGUCUUUCCGUGUAAAUUAAUACCUAAAUAUGAUUUCAUAAUUGCUGUGAAUGAAUUUGUCAGAUCUUUUGGGUAACAACCUGAUAUAAUUAUUUACAAAAAUAUUGAGCGCUCGCAACUGUUUUCGCAUAUGUUGCUAUUUUUAUAUUAUAUGACUAAGAUUAUGUUAUAUGUAUUUGACACACCAUAUCUAAUACUGGACCUACAUGUUUCUGACACGAAUGUUUUCCAUGUAUAGUCCACAUAGUACCUAAAGUGUUAUCUUUUAUCUUAGAUUAGUCUUCAGAUUUCUUCGUGCAGGGUAAUUUCAUGGAGUUAUGGUUAGCUGUGGCGAAUAUUGUAAUAGUAGCGCUCAAUCCGCGUACAAAGAUCGUCCUUUAUAUUUAACAUGUUUAAGCCGGUAUCUUUGUCGAGUUUAGUCAAUUCAAGGUAAAAUCGUCGUAUUUCCAUUUUAUUAGGCUAAGUCUAGAUAUUAAUUGUCUACAUACAUCAAUCACACACUCUUGCUUUUUUCUCAUAAGUCCUAUUGUUAUAUAUACCUAAAGUGGCAUCAAUUAUUUUUCCGCCUGAUUGUUAACUAAAUUUGGAACCUGAAUGUUAAUGCACACAAUGGGGUUGGCAACUGUCAAAGGUUUGCAUAGAUGGCGCCAUCAUAGCUUGCCCCUUUUUCUAUAAGAUGUGGCUUAAAGGGCUGGCAUCCAGGGCAUUAAAAAAAAAUUGACACAAUUCUGGGGAUUGACAGGGCAACCUAUGCUGGCGCCAUCUGCUAAAUACUUUGACCGGCCAACCCCAUUAAGUCCACUGUUUUGUAAUUAAAUGUUACAUAUUGACUCAACAUUCAAUUUAGGUAUGAUAAAAUUGAUAAAGCAUUUGCCCACUUGUUAGCAACAGAGUACUACUCGUAACGUAGAACGACUAAAUUGCCUUAGUUGAAGUAUUUAAAAAAACUUAGCAAUAGUAAAAUCCGAGCGUCUCAUUAAUUGCCUUAGAAUGAUAUCCUAUAUAGGUACCUAUACAUAUAAUCCAUGGAAUAAUGUAAACUAAAAUGCUAAUACACAUGUUUAUUAGGCCUUUAAGAUACGGGAUUAAAACAAUGUAGAAUGCAACGAUAACUCCAAAAAUAAUGUAAAUGUAUGUAGUCGUAGUCUGCACUUUCUGCCUUUCUUUAUUGGUAAACCACUGUUUAAAUUAAAUGUUAUUUUCCAUUUGAAUAAUUCUGCCAUCAGAAAAUGUUAGCCGAUCUGAUUCCGCAUUUUUCACACUUGGGCUUUGUUCUAGCAGGAUGCUCCAUAUGAUGAUAUAGAAAAAAUAUCGCGCGUAGUUGUAUUAGCUUCAAGUCCUUGAUUCUGUUAUUUUAUAUUUUUACAAUAUUUUUUUUUUAAACUUCUGUUUGUUCACUCUGAUUAUAAAUACCACUACUACCACUGUAGGUAAACAAUAAGCAUAGAGUAGAUUCGCGGUUUUAAAGUAGGUACGAUUCCCACCGAACGGGCGGAGUCGGCGUCGCAUGUCACAUUUGUACGACCGCGAUCCGGUCGGCUCCUCGCGGACGCGACCGGCUCCGGACGGACUCCAUCGCUUCUGCCAUACAUAAUGUAUGGUUUAGUCACAUUAAAAAUGCGCUCCGGCGCGGCCCGACUCCAGCCGGUCGGUGGAAAUCCUACAUAAAAGGGUCAAUGUAGGAUGGCAGAGUUAUUCUUAUUUCUUAUUAUUUUGAAUGGAGGCAAUUUUCUUCUUACAUACAAAGAAACUUACCAAGGACUAUUAUUUCUUUUAAUUAAUAUUAAAUGUGACAAAACUAAAAACCCUUUCACUGGAUCAAAGUAAAGUAGUUAAUAUUAAUAUAUGUAGUAUUUAUAUUUUUACAGAUUCUGGUUUAUAUAGAUAAGAAAGUGGACAGGAUUUAGUAGCAUAAAACGUGUAAUGUAAACCUUGUAUUGUAUAAUGACAGUGCAAAACAAUCUCCGGUAAAAAAUGCAAUAAAUAAGUGAAUCAAAAGUAUCUACUUUAUUAGUCAUAAUUAUGAAUGUCAUAUAUUGAUCGUAUUUCUGUGGAUGUAAUUAUAACAUUAACGUAGCAGUAAUGUAAUAAUACAGUUAAUGAAUUGCGAGAUAUGUGUAUGGGUUGUAAUACAAUCUGUUUAUUA